AAAGUCAUAACGACACGUCCCGAACCUCUUGAUAACGUUUGAGUGAACAAAAUGCAAUCUUAGUUUCUGUCUCUCUCUUUGCAUCCCUCUUCCAUGUUUGUCAUGAAAGAUGUGGUCAGUCUGUUCAAACCUUAAACUAAUUCUGGCACCUCCAUGGAAGCAUAACAACAAUCUUUUUCGUCAUAACCCAAAAUCAAGAUUAAACUAUUAUUUUCGUUCAUGUCUGCAUAUCGCCAAUUCUUUCCCCAAGGACGAGUCUCCUUCAUCAACUCCAAACCAAAAUCAGUUGAAAUAUGACCCUUCGGUAGAGCUAUAUGGUCUUGAUGUUGAUAUAACACCAAGGGUUGUAAAAACUGCUGCACUUGAACCUAGAUCAUGGUUUGGACCCAAUGGACAGUAUAUUAAAGAACUUCCCUGCCCUAGUUGUAGGGGAAGGGGAUAUACUCCAUGUACAGAGUGUGGAAUAGAGCGAUCUAGACAAGACUGCUCACUUUGCAGUGGGAAGGGGAUAAUGACUUGCCAACAAUGCUUGGGAGAAUGUGUCAUCUGGGAAGAGUGGAUUGAUGAAAUCCCAUGGGAAAAAGCACGUUCCAUUUCUUCACUGAAAGUCAAAGAAGAUGAUGAAGUUGAUAAUUUGGAGUUAAAGCUGGAUUCAAGGAAGAAAUCAAAGCGAGUAUACAAAUCAACUCCUCCAGAAGUUGGGCUGAAAAUCAGCCGCUCCUUAAAAAGUCUCAAUGCAAAAACAGGACUGUUCAGCAAACGGAUGAAGCUCAUCCAUCGUGAUCCUGUUCUUCAUGCCCAAAGAGUAGCUGCAAUUAAGAUAGCUAAAGGGACAGCUGCUGCUAGGAAACAUGCCUCUGAAACUCUGAAAACCUUCUUCAGUGAUCCUGAGAAUCGCCGGAAAAGAAGUAUUUCUAUGAAAGGGGUUAAGUUCUUAUGCAAGAACUGUGGACAAGAAGGGCAUAGGAGUAAUUACUGUCAUGAACGCGGAGAAAACAUGGAUUGGAGAUUCAAAUGUGGGUUAUGUGGGGAGAAAGGCCAUAACAAAAGAACUUGUCAAAAACAAAGAACCACUAAACCAAUACAAAGAAUUUUAAGGGAAUACCGUUGCCGGGCGUGUGGGGAAGUUGGUCAUAAUAGCAAGAGUUGUUCUCUCAGUUCAGACGAUGCAGCUCCUCCUAUAAAUAGAGGCCCUUUCGAGGAUUCAAAGAGAUAUACUCGUAAGCGUCAUCAUCGUUGCAGUGUAUGUGGAAAACCUGGUCACAAUAAGAGGACUUGUACGAAUGGAUGAAAAUAGAUGUUAUUUUUAAAAGUAGUGGAAGACCCAGACAUCCUGCGGGAUAUGUUUUGUAAUUGACUAGAACCCGAAGUACGUUUGUUGAAAGAAGACCAUUUUGGCAGUAUCAAAUAUUCAAGAUGGAUCCAGGAUGAAGUUCACUAUCUUCUUUGAAGUUAUGUGGAUUUUUCGUGUUUGUUGUGGACGACUGAUAUAGUGAUAUCUUUCAAUGUUUGUGAACAACUGAUAAUUUCCUGGUUUAAAGAAUUUUCUCAAAAUUGUUUAUUGAAGAGUUGGUCUUAUGAGAGUC